GUAAUGAGAAUAAUAUAUUAGGUAAAUUAUUAUUUUUAAUAUGUAUAUAACAGCAUGUGUAUAAUCAUUACAUAUUUUAUAGGUAUACGUGAGAGAGCCGUCAGCCUGGAGAGUGUAAACAAACCUCUGUGUAUAUGGUAAAAAAAUUCCACCUCAAGUCUUUUUAUACAGCUGACUGGAGCGCAACAAAUAAGAUGGCAUCCUCCUCGGAUGGACUUUAUAUACUAUAUGAGAAAAAACAAGGCCUUCUCUCGAUUUGCUAUACAGAAUUAACGAGGAUUAUGAAUGACACUGAGGAGCCAGCCUGUUGUACUACUUCAGUGAAACUGGCCAAAGUUAAUAGCAAGUUACAAGGAUUCUUCAGGAGUUAUGGUACAUUUAAAAAUACUGUAUGUGGUGAAUAACUUGUAGUCCACUGGUAAUAGUUUGUGGAUUUGAGUCACUGAUGUUCAUGAUGGCCAGCCAACAGUGCCUGUGUGUUCCUUUAUUGUGCGCUAAAUGCCCCAGUGAGUAUAAAUCAUUGUAUUACUUAAGACAACACUUGGCAAGUAAAUAUAGGGCCAGUAGAAGGCAGACUUCAUUAGUGUCCCAGAAAAAUAGAGAGCUGCAGAUGAACUGCAAACAAUGCCUUCAUGAUGAUCAUGAUACAGUCCCAUGGUUUCCCUCCAUAUGCUUUCCAACAGAGAAAAUACUUCAGGAUCACAUGGAGGUGACUCAUAAAAUAUUGAACAAUGGUAAACAUGAUCAUAGUGGCCCUGGAAGUGUUGCCAAUGUCUGUGUGUGUUUGAAGGUAUUUCAGUGCCACAUUUGUCCUCAGUCAUACUAUGAGAGUUCUGGACUUGAAAAACACUGGCAAGUGGUAGGACAUCAGCCAAAGAACAGGGAAACAGUACUCAGCGACUUACAAGAAAGAGCCAAAAUAUCAAAAGCCAGCUGUAAAAAAUGUUCAAGAGAAUCACAUACUAAAGUGAAUAAUGAUGUUUGUUCUUGCCGGAAGACAUUCAUAUGUUCAGUGUGCCUAGCAACUUUUAGUUGUUAUCCCAGCCUGAAGAAGCACUGGAAAAUGACUAAUCACCACUCUGCUCAAGAUUAUGAAGAUGAGCUCACAGGAAUGAGAGGGAUUGACUGCCCUGCAUGUUCACCUCAGAUUGUGAGAGAGACUUCAUACAUUAAAGAGGGCAGUAAUAAUAGUGUUUGUUUUAACAAAGAAGAUGCAUUAAAUACAGGUAUAUUUAAGGGUGAUGCUCAUGAUGUAACACAGUUCAUUGAUAAUAAUACUAAACCCUGUGAUGUCAAGGCAUCUGAUCAGUAUUGUAGCAAAACUUUGUUGAAUGAUGAACAAAUGUCUCGGUGUGUAAAUCAGAUGGUGGCUAUUGAUACUGAUGAUACAGAUAAUGAUGAAGAUGUGGAUUUUGAUAGUAAGUCUUCAAGUAAUGUGCAGCCACCACCAGUCUCUGGGGAAGUUAAAUGCAAGUGCCCACUUUUAAAAUGUCCAACAUGCCCUGUUUCAUAUUUUAAAUGUCGUGAUCUAUAUCAACACAUGAGAGAUGUUGAUCAUAUGAAAGAACAUUAUUUUGAAGCCAUUAGAAAGAAAAAGAAGUAUGGGCAGUUAUUAUGUAGUAAACACACAGGUCGGAAAAUCAUAAAGGGGAAGAAGUUAGUCAGCACUUGUCACAAUAGUAUUGUGUGUAAUACAGUUGAUGCGAUUGAAAGUAAAAAAACAAAGACAAAGAACAAUCUUUUGAAGGCAACUACAACUAAAGAUUUCUUAAACAGUACCCGUAAUGAAAUCAAGAAAUCGUGUGUGUCAAACAAUCAAAAAAAGUAUCCUUGCAUUAUAGAAUCACCCUCAAGCACUAAUAUAAACUGUAGUGAGGAUACUAGCGGGGUUACAGUAAAUUCUUGUGAUGAUGAAGCUACUAUGCACUUAGAUUCUCCAAUGGUAGAAAUGAAGUAUAUUAAAGAUGAUUUUGAAUCAGAUGAUACAUUGGUUACAAUUACUAUCUCUGAAGUCAAUGAAGGUGGAGGUGAAAGUAAUAUGAAAGUUGACUGUUCUCCUCCUGUGCACAUUACAGGUGGCAGUGCCUCUGGGUGUCCCAUUGAUUUGCAAAGUUGUUUUGAACAGUGUUUGAAGUUCAUAUCUGCAGAUUGUACAUGUGGAAUGAAAAGAUCUUUAUCUUCUUCACAAGUUAGUGUUACUGGCUUAAAUGAGGCAACUGGGUGCCCCGCUUGCUGCUCUGAAGUGACCUGCCUUUUGUGCUCACACACUUUUUCAUCAUAUUUUAAUUUAAAGGAUCAUUUCUUAAAGGACCACUCACUAAGUGACAGUGCUCAUGAAGUCUCUAACCCCAGUUCAGAAUUCAUAGCAAUAGUGUCCCAGCAGUUAAAGAUUUUGAACUGCAGUUGUAAUGAUUAUGAGUGUGACCAUUGUAAGACAACAUUUAAGAAGCUUCUUAACUUAUUACAUCAUGUUCUAAUUGACCACCCAGAUUUUUACUCCAGUUUUCCAUUUUUCGCGGCUCAAAGAAAAGGAAAUCGUGCAGUUAGUUGUCCACGGUGUGCAAUAUUAGAUAAACUAUGUGUUGUUAACUAUUAUCUUUUCAUUAGAGUUUUAAUGGUAAUUGAAAGUUGCUCAGAGGAGGCAUGUGCACCAUUACUUCAGUGGUGUCCUGCAGGUGAAUCUUUGAGAAGUACCAAAGAAUAUGAGUCAAAACUUAUUAAUGAAGAGUCACACCAAGGUGGUCAGUAUUUGGAUGAUGACACAGAGGUUGUGUGUUACAGUAUUCAACAAGAAUCUCGUUCUGGCAAAGGAUUGCGAGGAGUGAAGAAAACAAAGUAUGCUAAGGCUUCUAAAUGUAUUUGCCCUUUGUUAAAGUGCCCAGAAUGCCCCAAAACCACUGCAAAUUUUGGAGACCUUCGAAAACAUGCGAGGAUAAAUGACCAUAAUGUCUGGAACAAAAUGAAGUUAUUAUGGAAGAAAUACAAAAUUAUUAAAGAACAUUGUACAGCUUGUAGUGGAUAUUCUUAUUUGAGUUACAUCUUCUGUCCUCACUGUCCUCACAUGUCCUUUGAAGAUGAAGAUGCAGCUCAAGGACACAUGGAUUCAUUACAUGGAGGGGGCACUAACAGAUCUGCACUUAAAACUGACUUAGCAUGUACUUGUACUAAACAGUUUCUCUGUAUGAAGUGUGACACUUAUUAUCGCACUCCUCAAGGACUUCACCAUCACAUGAGACGACUUGGUCACGAAACAAGGGAGAACUUUGAUGCUAUUCCCAGAAUGAUUCGGAAAAAGAUGGAAGACAAGAAGAAGUGCCCACGAUGCUCUCUAUUUAUGUCAUCCAAAGCUCGAGUGACAACUGAUGAAGACCAAGAGAACUGUAGCUGUAAGUGGGCUGUGUGUAGUACUUGUGGAAAUUCAUAUAAGAAAAUAAGUGUUUUGCUGGACCAUAUGACAAAAAUGGAACAUCCAAUAGAUGAGGAAUAUAUAGAAAGUGAAAAGAAGAAGCUGAUUACCUCCUUCAAAAAUUGCCAGAAAUGUAGCAGCAUGGAAGAUAGGUAUUGUAUAUUUUGUAACACACGACAAAAUUUUAUUUACCAUCAUAUGAGAACACAUCACCAAGAUCAACUGAUAUUUCUGUCAAGUGGUGAAAACUGUGAAUUAUUUGACGAAUAUGAUUUAAAUAGUGGUGAUUUAAGUAAUAAAAUAAGAGAUAUUGCAAAGUAUGAGUGUAGCAUAUGCUUCAAAUCCUUUCUACACACCACCACACUUAGACGCCAUGUCAGUAAGAUCCAUCCUGAUUGCUAUUAUACCCUUCAGUGCAAAGACCUAAGUACUGAUAAGCUGAAAAUGGAGGAUUUUGCCAGUCAAAGAGAAAUAAAAGUACUAGCCACAGUUUCUGUGAGUGAAAAAGGUUGAGCAAAGAAAUGCAAGCAAGCCUUACUGUAAGAAUAGUUACCAUAUCUGCAAGUCUUGUAUAAAUAGGUUCACAUUGUAAGCUAUAGGCUAGCGUCAACAGUGACUGAAGGAAAGGACUGUCAAAGUUUAGAAUAAAUCAUAAAUACUUUUCUAUGCAAAAAUAUAUACCUGGUAAUUGUGAUUGUUAAAGUCAGCUUUAAAAAAUUAUUUUCUUAAUUUCACUUUACAGUACAGGUACUGUACAUUAUAUGAUAUUAUGUAUAGUUUAUGACAUGUGCAGUCCACCCCCCUCCACCCCCCCCAAAAAAAAAAAAUAUU